AUGCCAGAGAAGCCCAGAAAGAAAUUUGUGCCGCUCUUCCACGAGGGUGGUGCCGUCACCGAGCACAUGGUAGUUCGUCUGCCCGGACGACACCCCUGUCAGUGUCUGGCCGUGCGCCAUCAGUUGGUCGGUAACUGCACCUCCUGUGGCCGCAUUGUCUGUGAUCAAGAGGGUCCUGGCUCCUGUUUCUUCUGUGGCGCCCUAGUGCUCACACCGGAACAGCGCCAACUUGUGCAGUCGGGGACAAAUGCUGGGCGCAAACUAAUCAACCGACUGAAUUCAACACCAUGGGCACCGGGCACACCCACCCCACCCUGUGCUGGCAAGCCGCGAGUCCGCCACAGGCGUGGUGGCGGCGGCGGCGGCGGCAACAGCAGCAUGGAAGCGGGUUCCCACUGCGACAGAAAGGAACCCGAAGACAGUGAGCCCCGAAAGGAGCAGGAGGGGUUGGAGAGGACAGACUUUGAGGACGAGACGGACUACGAGGACGAGUAUCUCCUGCAGAAUUUGAACCAUGGAACUGAUGCACAAAAACGCUUAGAGGAUGGUGAGUCCAAACUUCAUCCCACUCAUCAUGUUCGAUAAUGUUUUGCGGCAAAAUCAUGUUUGCAGCCGUUUGUGAGUCUUAUUCGGAGUCGUUGUGAACUAGGCUACCACUUCGUGGAGGCCAUCUAUCCAUCUAAUGGGAACCUUUUCUUUCAUGACAGCCACAUUGUGUAAGUAAAGAUCGAUAAAUCGAUUGACUGGGCUCUCACCCGAGGCUCACGCUUCAAAAUCAAUUCUCGGCCUGUUUUUUCUCCGGCAUGGGCGGCUAUUUUGUUGCCUGCUAGGUUAAAUUCCUGACUCAUUUCGUCGCACAGCCAGCUUAUGUAGUCCUGUUCAAGGAUGUGGUGAUGGUCGUCGUCGUAGUGUCCCCCAAUGGGGCCACGUGGCAGAUACGCUGGACCACCAGGGGGUCAUGUCGGAUUCUGGCAGGCGUUACCGGGAUGCGCACCUAUAACAAAUGCCAACAUUUCGAGGUACGGUGACAGACCCAGUUGCCGGUGUACACUGGGAACCCUGUCGCCUUCAUUGUUGUUGGUCAAAAACCUGGUAAUUUGCUGUGUGGACCAGGGGGUGUGGAGUGGAGCGUCAAGGUGCGAGCUCGACCGUACCAGCCACAUGCACCCCCUCCCACCUCCGGUCUUCUUGACUAUGUGUUGACAUCAGGUCCAGGUGGGGAAGGAUGAGAGAGUGCGGUAGAUGCUAAAAACUAAUUUACGCACAAGUCACCAUAUCUGCUUCACCUUGCUGUGGAACACACGAUAGACAUCGUUGGAGGCGACGGCCGAACUGUCAGUCGUCGUCGUUGUCUACUUCAGUCCUGGCCUCCAUUGCGAAUAGUAAUGUCAGGCGGCCUACUUUUAUGUUUGAUUCGUGGCUUUUGUUUCUGUCGGUGCCAACCGUGGCCUGCCACAUUCCCAACUUUUUAUUUCAUCAAAGUAAAGUUAGACCGCAUUCAUUGCACGAAUUCAAAUUAAGUCAGCCCGUCGAAUAUCAUUCCCGUUAGUAGCAGGUCGCAAAGACUGAAGCCUUUCUUCGUAUGCGCCUCUUAAGGAUGGAGAUGGCUAGUGUUUUCGGUCAUUUCUUGCCUUCUCACCGCCCCCCCCCUCCUCUUUUAGUCUCAUCCUGUGACUCACGCUUUCCUACCUAGGUCUCGUCAAAGCCAUCCUACAGCGUGAUCGUCUGCUACACUUUGAUGCCACCACUGCCCAACGCACGCGUGUCAUAGACGACGAAUUGGACUACUUCGUCAGCGAGGGCUCCGGUGCGGCUGCAGCCUGGCUGGACCCCGAAACGCGUGCCCGCGUGGCCAAGCGGGUUGAGGAGCUGCGGGCCCAGCGUCACGCCUCCCGUCUGGACUCCCAACGUCUGUGCAUCGAUUUCGCCAACAAGUGUGUCUUUGAGGAGGUGAUACUUUGCUUUCUGCUCUUCGAUUCCUUUCCCAUCGCCGUCUCGCGGUACAUGUGCCUUCAUUUUGUACGAACGCCUUAUGACACACCGUUUUUGACCAUGAGGACUAGGUGUGUGUGUCAUAGGCUGCUGUCUCACUUAAUAUCGCGAUCUAAACUCAGAAGGAAGCCUUUAUCAAGUGGGGACGCAUAAGCGACUUGAAACGAACCCUGGUAGGUGGACGGGACCAGUGUGGGUCACAGGUAAGUGAAGAUCAUGCGGGUGCGAAUUGAGUCAUCGAUGAUGAAGAGAACAGCGAUGAACGAGCACAGCUGCUACCGAUUGUGAUUAGGAGAGACGGCCUUUCAACGGCAGGGUCCUAGGAAUCGCUCGUGUCUUACGGAUUUUGGUAAUGGUAUUAAAUUACUCACUAGCCAGGGACUAUGCAGUACAAGUGUCAACUAAGUGAUUAUAACCAGUAGUGCAACGCCGGCACCUUCUCUGACGAUGUCUUCAACCUUCAACGUGGACGGUUGUCACUCUUCAGCCGUUAGUUAACCGUCUUACUCAUCGUCUUGCUAUUUCGGCAGUUCAUUUAGAACCGUGCUCACUCUUCUCUCCUCUUAAGCUAUCCGGGCUACUCUAUGCAAAUGCUAGACGGCACAACCACUCCCCUAUCUUUGGAUUGGAUUUCUGUAGUAGACUGAGCGGACCGAUUGCACCAACUCACACCUAGUAAUUACUUGCUUCCUGAACAGAGUCAUUUUCUGCUCCCGUUCGAGAUGCAAGAACAAGAAAGCCUCUCGAAGGACGAAGGGUCUUCGGGGUACCAGUCCGACUAGGCUGGUGCGCAAUGCGCCAUUCUACCCGAGGGGAUCGCACCAAAACCAGCAUCAUUAACUUAUUGGUUUGUAUCCACUGCUCUUAAUGUGUAUAUCAUACAUUGUGCUAUUUUUUUUGCUCCAAGCUACUUAGUGUUAUGCGCCCGAGACAGGUCAUUUUAUGAUCAGCCCCGAAAUUGUAGUGAGUUUUCGGGUCGAUGCCGAUCAACUCCUGCGGAAAACCGCGUGAUGCCCAUUCUACAAGCAAGUAGUACUACCAGUAGCGUCAUUUUAUGCGAUAAUGGGGUGAAACAGAGCAACAGGGACAUCGCUCUUGACAGAAGUGGUUUUGCGACAAAUCUCAGGGAGAUUAGGGUUAAGGUUAGGACACAGGAAUAGGUACCCUUCCCGGAAUCCUGCGCAAAGCCACCCGCACUACAGGGUCUUCCUAUUCUCGUGCCUUACCGAUAAUGCCGUCAUCGUAGUUAAAAAGAGUCAACCCCGAGCAGUAUAUAGCUCAGUGAAUGCCGCCGUGACUGUGACCGUCACUUUUGCACGCGCGAUCUCCAAUGACAGAAUUUUGUCUCUUUUUUCACACAGGACACCCGUGGGGAGGCUUCUCGGGCAUUGUACUCGGCCGAAAUGGACGUCCUUUCCCAGAAACCGGACGCCACUAAGACGACCAGCUUCUCCUCCCUACCCCUGUCGGAUCCUCUUCUCGAUGUUCCCACUCCUCAAGUAAGCUCUCUCUCUCUCUCUCACCCUCCGGUUUUCCCUACCAACACCAACAAGACUACCAAAACCACCCUGAUCGUUUUCUGCGCCAUCGACUCCGUGUGGGGGUUAUACUACAUUGAUUUGCGUGGAUCGCGAAAGAGGAUGUGAGUUUAAAAGACGAAGGCACGAGCACUGGGACAGUAGUUUUAUUGGCCUGAGCGUUCGAACUCGAACUGGAGUUUAUCGUCAGAGACUGCUUGAGUGCAGCAACGUGUGAACAUUUAUGUCGUCGUUCCAUGCGGGGGGCUACGUCUGGUUUGUGCCGCCUGUCCCCCGGCAUGGUGACGUCGUUUGUGCUUCGCGAAGAUGUGAGCUGCGCCACCUGGCUGUGCAACGGGCUCGUGGCCCGGUGGGUAGAGGCGUGGACUUCUAACUAACCGGUCGCGAGUUCGAGGCUCGGGUGUUCCACACUUCGGGCUUGGGUAUGGCUGGCUGACGACGGCUUAUAAGCCAGAAAUGGCCAUUCCAGUCUCCCUUGUCUUUGUCGGUAAUAUCAUUCAGUGAUAAAACUAUUUGGGUAGCCGUUCUUUGUUAACUGGUCCCGGAGAUGCCGUAGUUCUUGCAUUCUUCCUUCGGGCUCGCUACAGUGCGUUUUUACCCGGUCGAAAAGCGUCCUCACACAGCCCCCUUUGUACACCAAUGGGUGGUUGCUAUGAUAGUUGAGGACCUGAGUUUUAUUUGUCGCCUUUCUGUACACUGUAGUGCUGAGUUUGCUGUCAGGUGUGCGCGUGACGAGCACGUCAAGGAAGGGUAGUUUCUCGUCCUCCUCGUCUUCUCUUGUAAACUGAAUGUCAGGGAAUAUGCUGUUAAGCAAAGCUUGAAAAUCCGAUAGCUUUUCCUUUUCAAUAAUGACGAAUAUGUCGUCCACGUAUCGGCGCCAAAAUGCAGGUUUGUAGUGGCUGAAAGCAACCUUUUCCAGCUCUUGCAGGACCAAUUCCGCAACUAGGCUGGAUAUUGGGGAACCCAUGAGAACAAACGGGCCGUUCGGAGAGGCGACCCACUACCUCAAGUAGCCACUCACACGCUGGAGGAAGGCCAUGAGUUCGACUUCGCCAACACGCGGAUAUUGGCGCGAGCCGGCAACAAGACGGGACGAGAACUGUUGGAGGCGUGGGUGUCGGACACCAACUCUAUCAAUAGACACAUCGAUUUGCCUGCGUGUUAUCACGCACUCCGCCCACGCAGCCAGGUGGCGCAGCUCACAUCUUCGCGAAGCACAAACGACGUCACCAUGCCGGGGGACAGGCGGCACAAACCAGACGUAGCCCCCCCCCCCCGCAUGGAACGACGACAUAAAUGUUCACACGUUGCUGCACUCUAGCAGUCUCUGACGAUAAACUCCAGUUCGAGUUCGAACGCUCAGGCCAAUAAAACUACUGUUCCAGUGCUCGUGCCUUCGUCUUCUUUUAAACAUGAACCUGGGGUGCGCUUAUUCUCUUCCAUUCGUGAGAAUGUGUGUCCCGUCCUGCAUUGGGGCAUCAUCCUACAGUUCCCUCAAUCUGGCUACCUUAGUGAAGACCGCAUCUACGCGACUAAACAGUCCCCAUCACAGCCCAAAAAGGACAUGAGGUUGUAGCUUUGCCGGCUCGGUGCUGAUCUCAAAUGUCAGCUAGAGCCAAGUUCGGAUUCCGUGACUUCCUGAUCUGGCGUAUUGGUACGACCAAGUUGGCGACUGCAAAUGUGUCAGGGAUGGCCGUCUCAGUCUCCUUUUUCCUGGCCCGAAGUAUUUCUCUAGUUCUGUUUUUUAAAUGGCUCCCGAUCGCCACGUUCCCGCCUCAUCCAACUCUUAUGAUCUGGCGACACAAGGUCGCUGCUUCGAAUAAGGUUUUAGAACGCUUGUCAGAAGAGAAUUAAAACUUCUUAGUCCUGGUAAUUCACCAUGAUUUAAUGCCAGGUAAAGACCUUGCUGUAUUCGUCCGCCAACUGCCUUGCCACCGCGCGUUCUUCGAUCCCGUCACCAUAUUUUGUUCGGAAGACGAGGUGGCGAGCAUACGUAGCUUUGAUAAGUUCUCGUCGGGCCAGUACAGUUAUAUGGGAACGGGGUAGAAGUAAAAACACGUCAAUGAUAAGAUAAAUCGAUUAAAGUUCGCCUUAAAACACAGGCUGGGUGUGGGAAUGUGGGGGAGGGGGGGGGGUGAUAGCAGUCACUGUCAGGGUCGGGGUGAGAGCCGAAGUGCGCGGGGAGAGUUGCACCGUUAGUCGACCUUCGGCCAUUGUAGACACGGAGCCUGAACGUGGUUCUUCUGCGCGCAUAAGAUUGGCUUUUGUAACCUAUUGGCGGCCGCUUCCGCUGUCGCUAACAGGCGCUGGCCUAGUAGCUCAGGGUAGCUCGAUGGGACCUUAUAGAUCACACGAAAAGUUUCGUUGGGGUCCACGCGAUAUCCCGAAUCGAUAACAUGCGCGAGAAUGGCGCUGCUUAUGCUCCUCGUUUCGCCUUUUCCCAGCCAUGCCGGGAGGUGUUCCCGUAUUCACUUGGAUAUUUUGUUCGGUCGAGCUUGCUGCAGCUUAAAUUUUCUUGGUCGCUCACACCCCCGUCCGUCUCACGCUCUGGCUUCCCCCCCCCCUUCAGUUUGUAGGUGACUUGAAAUCGGGGACCCAACGUCCGGACACUGCUGACGGCAAAUCUCAGGCGACUCAGGGCAGGAGACGAGGUGCCAAGGGACAGAGCACGGUAGGCCGCGUCCAAGACAGUGAGCAGAAUCGACUUGUAGACAGUGGGUUCUGCCUCAGCAUGCAUCAGCCAUGGGCCUCACUUCUGGUGCGCGGCAUAAAGAAGUACGUUGCAUACCUGUUUCCUCAGCUUUUCCCAUUGUCCGUUUCUGACCCCUCGCUUGCGGCUUUGUCGUAAUGCACUGUCGGCGGCAGUGCUGUCGAUAAUAGCGACGACGACGGUGAUGAUGAUGAUGAUGAUGAUGAUGAUGAUGAUGAUGAUGAUGAUGAUGAUGAUGAUGAUGAUGAUGAUGAUGAUGAUGAUGAUGAUGAUGAUGAUGAUGAUGAUGAUGAUGAUGAUGAUGAUGAUGAUGAUGAUGAUGAUGAUGAUGAUGAUGAUGGCAGUAGCAGUUUGCAUCGUCUUUUUCAGAGACGAAGGACGUACCUGGUACUCCGCCCAUCGCGGUCCCCUGUGGAUAGCUGCUGCAGCCAAAGUGCCCGAAGAUUUCGAAAUACAGGCAGUCGAGGAAGAAUGCAUAGGCUACGGUACGCCCAUAUUAUGUUUCCUCAUCAUAACCGCAUUUUGCGUCUGACAGCUCCUGUAGUAGUUUCCGCUACACUUUCAGCGAGAACUGCCAGUGUCCUGUAAGUCCUGUAGUGAUUUGCGCGUAAAUUACAGUGGGAAGACUUGCUCCACGCCAAAUUAUCUCUUUCCCACCACACCAGUCGUGUUCCAGUGGCAAGAUCAAAACGACGGGGGGAUAGGGUGUGAACACUGCGGCUGUACUCAGUCCACGCGAGCGCCGCAUGCAGUUUUUUGCUCGCGCACACGAACUACAAUCCACCAAACUGGUAUCCUACCCAAAUUGUAGAUGCUGACUUGACUGGAGCCCUGGGAUGUGUUCAUUGUAGGUCACUAGCAGAUACUUAGGACUAGAAAUUGUACCGGCCGCAUCCGUGCCCGAACUCCUGUUCAGAACCACAUCUCACAACCGUUCAGUAUUUGCCCAGGCGCUCGACAGAGGUGCGCCUCGUCUUCGAAGACGUUUUGCUGCUGUUGAAUUUGCAUUUGGGCUAGUGGAAACCUAUAGUACGCUGUUGGUACAGCCGUGCAACUAUCAAGCAGUAAUGACCGACAGAAUUUGGUGUCUGGAGUCGAGGUCAGUAAAUCGUCUGGUCCUUCCUUGAAAGAUUGGUGCAUCUUCAAGCUGCGCAUCUGUCGCCUGGUCUCUUUUUCCGACGUGUUGUUCGGCACUCGCCGUUGGCCCAUGAUGGGAGGGGUGAGUGUGGUCACCCCUGUGUUGCAACUUUCUCUCACUAAUAAAUCUAACUCAGCGUUUGGAUGCGCACACCGGUAGUUUACCGAAGACCAACACUGUACCUCAGCCUUGGCCAAAUGGCCUCGAAUCUUACAGACGCGCCCUUGGGAGCGCGGAGGUCUUGUAAGUUGCUCCGGGCCAUCAAAUCACAGGGCGUUAGCUGUUUCUUCCCUGAGUGUGUCCGCUUGCCGCUGUCGCAGGAAUAACAGCCCACCUUUCGGAUUAGUCAUUUUAAUUUUUUUAUUCCAUCCCAUUUUGCUUUCUUAAAGGAGCCCAACGAAGUGAUUUCCCGAAAAGUUACCCUACCGGAUGCCUCGUCGGUCGCGUAAACGUCGAUGACGUGUUGCCGCAAUCUGAGUACCGGGCCAGGGUAAGCUGCCACAUCCAAAUUAAUACCCUGUUAUCCUCGUUUUCAUUGUCGACAGUUUAUCAAACCUUGUGAAUAUUCUCGACUAAUUUGACUAUCUGCACAGUCCUUCUAUAAUGCAUUAUUAUUAUUAUUACAGUAGGUGGGCUAACUCGUGAAAUGUCAACCGAAAUUCCGAAAUGCGCUUUCGUUUCGAAAAAAUUAAUUAAGUAGGGUUGUAAGACUAAUCGUCGUGCAGCGGAAUUCUAUAAUAAUAAUAAUUCAGUUACCUCAGGAUGCCGACUUUCGAACGAACUUCUUUCCAGCUGCAUGCGAAAAGUAUACUCUGUAAAAAAUUACUUCUUAAGUGGUAUGCAUUUUUCUCACUGAUUCUCGAUACUCUUGAAAGGUCAAUUAUAUUUCAUGGAAGACAUGCAUAAAAAUAUUCAUUCUCUUACUCGGUAGAAACUUACGUCUUCUUCCAAUUUUAUACUCAAGGGUAUAAUUCGGUUUUUAAAAACUUUUCCAAUUUCCGAAUAAUUUCGAACCUCGACCAGCGAUUACACUUGCACUCAGGGUUUCCAAACUACAAGCCGUAUAUUUUCUGCGUACGGAAAACCGUUAAUUUCUCUACGGUAUUAAGAGGAGACCAUAUGGGUUUCAUGAAAUUUAGCGAUGGAUUUGAGCCAUAUUGUUGACUUUACAAGCCGCAUUGGUAAAUGCAGAGACAUGACGUUUUAUGGACGGCCAUUUCAUGGUAUUAAAAAAUCUCAUAAUUAGAAACUUAAAACUGAAUUAUACCCUUCCUUCGAGUAUAAAAUUGGAAGACGUAAUUUUCUACCGAAUGAGCAAAAGAGUGAAUAUUUCCAUGCGUGUUUUCUAUGAAAUAUAAUUGAAUUUUCAGGAGCAUCGAAAAUCAAUGAGGAAAAUGCAUGUCAUUCAAGUAGUCAUUUCUUACAGAGUAUAGUUUCUGUAUGCAGUCAGAAAGAAUUUCUCUCGAAAGCCGGCAUCCUGGGGUAACUGAAUUAUUAUAGUACUACGCUGCAUAACGAUUAGUCUUGCAAACCUACUUAAUUACUUUUUUCGAAGCGAAAACGCAUUUCGGUUAACAUUUCGUGAGCUAGCCCACCUACUCUAUUAGAUCCUGAGGGCUAAAGCGUUGACAGGGGGAUAGAUCUCCGUCAGGUUCGGAAAGUUUCCACUUGCUAAGGUUUUUAGCUAAUGGCGGAUGAUUAGUCAUCGCCAUCAUCGUUGACAGUCACAAGUCAUCCUAUGGGAGAAUUAUAGUCAAGGCUGCUCCCCGCACGAAACUUAAAAGGGCACCCACAAUGCACUAGUAGCGACGAGAUGGUCGAGUGACCACUCGACCAUGGUGAAAGUCAGUGGGCGUAGACGGGAUGUGCCAAAGGGACCAGGUUCCGUUUUCUGUCUUGAAAAGGGUCUAAUUCAAGUUUGAACAAAACGACGACCCAAGUUACUGUCCAGCUCGACCAUUAAGGGGCUGUUUGGGCAGGGCCUGGAAAUUUGGGGCGAUGGAACGUCGCUUAGUAUGACCCGACGCCGUAUGACAAAGGUUAUAUGUGAUGAAUCAGUACUGCACUUUCACAGCCCCCCGUUGCUAACUAGCCACCGUAGGCAGGUGGCCAUUCCAUACAUCAUUCAUGACACGGCGCUUAGUACGACCACUGAGUCAAGAAUGCGAUGCGCACUACCCUAGCAGACAAGGUCACGUGAGCGAGAGCCGUUCAGCCGCACCUCGGUGCUCACGUGCGUCCUGUGCCACCUCCUUCCAGUUAAAUCUUGAGGUGAUCUAGAGGGAACCAGCUCACCCCCCUGAUCAGAUUUGUGGGUGUUUUGCAACCGGCCCUUAAUAUCGUCGAAAUGGGCGUCUUCCCGGUCUUCCAACUGCUCCCUCGCACGCAUAAGGUCGUCGAGCUGUGUUCUUGGUGCUUUUCAAGCACAGUCCCCAAUUGCUGGGAGGGCGGGCAUGGUCUAAUUUACAACAGAAAUUCUCCUUCAUCGCCAGGAAUCAACCAUGGACCCCCGGUAGUGCGAACCCGUUACCCUGUCUGUUAAUGGUACGUUGUUACCUUUGCGUCGUCUUCAAAGAAAACAUCCGAUUUCCUAGUAGCAUUACGACAUAUCUACCCGAAUUCUGAACUUGCGCGUAAACACACCGCCCCAGCCGACACUUCAUAGCGAAUCCAUGCGUUGGACUAAGCCGUUUAGGUUUCCUAAAGGGCAAUAUUUGUUUUACUAAGACGUAAGGCAUAAUCCCUCGAAUUCCAUCUCUGCAGUCGGAGUUUUGCAAAAACCUCAAAGCGAUAUGAUUUGUGUGAAUCACAACUGUUCCCACUCCAGUAGUCGUCGACAGAACACCGCACGUUAGCGACCUCGGUCAAUCACAAUUUCCCUCCCCGUCUGCUGAAUUUUACGCAGACUUCCUCUUCCCUUAAACAGACAUCCAGACCAGAAUGGUAUUACCGACAAAGGCUAGGGAGACUUGAAUGGCCAUUACUGGCUUAUUAGCCGUCGUCAGCCAGUCAUACCCAACCCCAAAGUGUGGGGGACACCUGGGGCUCGACUUUGCGACCUGUUGGUUAGAAGUUCACGCCUAUAACCACUGAGCCACGGGCUCGUUGUCCUGUCGGUUGCGAUCGGGAAUGUACAAUGGUAGAGGGACGCUCGUCGACCGUUCUUACAGAACUCACUCGUCCCGUUUUGCCUUAUGGGCUCUCUCGAACCCAACCAGCAGCCGCAUGAUGUAGGUAGAAUGGUAUUACCGACAAAGACAAGGGAGACUGGAAUGGCCAUUUCUGGCUUAUUAGCCGUCAUCAGCCAGUUUAGACUAGUCAGCCCGUAGACGCAGAUCAUUCUCCUAAAUUGCAACCUUUACAUUGCAACAGAAAGCGAUAGGUGAUGUUACCGUGUAGACUCAGGGCCGGUCAGCUUUCGUCCACGAGGCCUCAAGCCCACAUUAGCAAUUAACCGAAAUUUCAAGAUGCAUUUUAGGGUGGGUGGGCCGUAAGUCGUUGUCGUGAUUUUCUUUCACAAGCCCGUAUUUUACACUUUUUCUUAGUUCCCAAACGGACAAUCUACCAGUCCCUUCGUAUUCGUUUGCUCGGAUCCGCGAGAACUCCUGAUGAAGCUACCAAUGCAAGGCGCGCACAAAAUAUGUGAGUGAACAAGUACUGUGUCCUUAUCCACACGCCUCUGGCGGGACCUGCCUGGCGUGUAAACAAGCGACGGACGGUUGGGCGUCCCUCGGCGACGUCUUGCCGUCAUUGGUAAUAUCCUCAAACAUGGCUGGGUUGAGGCCUGGCAUGUCGGCCACAUGGCGAAAUCCAUCCGCCAUGCGAUAAGUUACUCCACCUGUAUGAUAUCACCGGGACUAUCUAUAUGAGCAUCCACGAGGUAAGCCGCGGACAGUGGGGGCAAUUAAUGCAACCCAGACAACAACUCCGGCAACCGCAUCGACUGGCAGCCGGUGCGCCCUUAUACUGUCGGUGGCAUUGCGUUUGCAGUCUCUUCAGAUCAACAGUGAUAAAGCAAUGGUCAUGUUUUAUAAGGAAAAACCCUGCUUUGUGGGGACCUAAAUUACCGACGUUACUCAGAAAGGCUAAGCUACUGCAAUUUUUGCGCAAUGGGCACAAAUGGUCAUAUAGCCAAGCUUUUUUCGCCUCGUUAGCAUUCAUUAUAACUAAACACUAUACCCUUCUUGUCGUUGAGUUCUCAUGUGGGCUUUCACCCCUUUAGACAAACUGGACCCAUUGAUCCACACCUCCGCGAAGGCCAACCUUGCUUAG